AUGGAGUUUGUCGAACCAUGUCGUUCUCUGCCUUGCUCGAGUCCAAUUCCAGAAUGCAGACCGAUAGGUAAGGUACACCGUCGACUCAGCUGCCAUCCGACCGCGCUACCAACUCGACCAUCAACGCCUCCAACGCAGCCAGCAAAACCCCUCGCGGAACCAUCCACGCCACCUGUCAGACGACAACCAGAGCAGGCUCCACCUUCAGUGCCUUCUCAGAAGUCGACUGCUGUGAUGGGACGAUCUCCUCCAUCUAACAGUCUUUCGAGGCCUCAACAGAAGGGAGUAUCCACCUCUGCUCUUCUUCCAAUUCGCAAUACUGCUGAAGUGAAGCCACCACCGCCUCCUUCUGCCAGUAUGCAGCAGGGAAUUUCUUUUGCGAGGUCUCGCUCUUCGAAUGCAGCACCGAGAUCAUCAUCGUCGUCUUCACGUACGAGCAGUCUUCCUUCACGUGUCACUAGCACUUCUGCAUCGAAUCCAUCAUCUUCGGGAAGAUCAUCAACUGCGACCUGCUCCGGUGUGGUGUGUCCAUUUGGCAGCGUCUGUCACAUUAUUGAUGGUACUCCACAGUGUGGUUUUGCAA